AACGAUUGAAUUUGACAAGCCUUUCUAGACAGGAUCUAAUUAUUGAAUGUUUCCAUGUAGCGCCGCAGACUAAUGUAGCGCACAGGAGAUCGGACAACUGUUUCUCAUCCGAGGACGUGGAUGAGCCUACAUUUAAUCUAUCUCGACAUUAGCCGGUGCUGUUCAGUGUCUUUCCACCUUAUCAUAAUCGAUUCAACCUCGUUUGAAAACGUAAAGUGUAGGCUUUUCCUCAAAUGCGAACCAGCGGUUGUAGUUUAUAGGCAUGCAUUACUUUGUAUUGCUGGAUGUAUUCGUAUGCCAUGCCUUCGAUUGAGUGGACUGAACAGUGGUUUGGCUAUAGUCUGCCCAACCCUGUUAAUUGCGUGCUGAAGAGAUGAUGACGGCCUGUCCUCCGAUGUAUGUUUAUUUAUUCCUCAAGACGAACGAGAACCUCAGCAUCAGUGGAAAUGGUGGAAGUCUUCUUGAAAUGUCGGGCAGUUAAACGGAUCCAUUUAAGAUGGUGUGUGCAAAGACGGCAUGUUUCAGAGCAAUAUGUUUGCUAUCAGUAGAAAAUGGAACUACGAACAUGGGUGUAGCCUAUUUCAUAUUCAAAACGGAAACUUGUGAGAUGAAGGAUAACAAGAAAAUACAUUUCGAUGGAUCUCAGUCGCUUCUGAAAUCAGGCAAUGCUUCAAAUCCAGGAGAAUAAUGAAUGAUAUUCUAAAACGGUUAAAACCUAGAUGCUGUUCACCGUGAGGUAGUGUAACAUAAUCGUGCAUCAUGUUAAUUUCUUGCUGGCCAAUUUUUAUCAAUCAUUGAUAGGCCUACUUCGACCGGGGAAAGCACGACCACUUGAUGUGGGGAUAUAGAAUUACACGCGCCUUUGACAAUAGCUUGGUUACAUAGAUGGCAAAUUCAAGCGAGUUUGGGGAAAGCAGUCCCACGCUACAUAAUUAUGCCAUCACCGCCUCUGCGGUGAAACUGGCCUCGCUCGGUCUGGUCAUUUGCAUCAGCCUUUUCGGGAAUGCGGCGUUAUCCCUGCUAGUGCUGAAAGACAUCUCCCUUCACAAGGCUCCGUAUUAUUUUCUACUUGAUCUGUGCUUGGCAGAUGUAAUACGGUCUGCCGUGUGUUUACCGUUUGUGAUGAUAUCAAUCAACAACCGUUCCAGCUGGACGUACAGCAUUAUACGUUGCAAAAUUAUCGCGUUCCUCUCGGUCCUUUUUUGUUUUCAUGUAGCGUUCAUGCUCUUCUGCGUCAGUGUAACCAGAUACAUCGCGAUUGCACACCACAGGUUUUAUUCCAAACGAAUGACAUUGUGGACAUGUGUGGCAGUGAUUUGCAUGGUCUGGACCCUCUCUGUCGCUAUGGCUUUCCCCCCUGUAUUUGACGUUGGCACCUACAAAUUCAUCCAUGAAGAGGAACAAUGCAUUUUUGAGCACCGAUAUGUGAAAGCGAAUGACACCCUGGGUUUCAUGUUGAUGCUGGCUGUCAUCGUGGGAACAACGCACGUUGUUUACAUCAAAAUGGUGUGUUUCGUGUACGACCAUCGGAAGAUGAAACCCGCUCAGCUUGUCCCAGCAAUAAGCCAAAACUGGACCUUUCACGGGCCAGGUGCAACUGGGCAGGCAGCCGCCAAUUGGAUAGCAGGAUUUGGACGUGGUCCCACCCCACCAACAUUGGUGGGAAUCAGACAAACUUCGCAUAAUGGAAACAGAAGGCUGCUUGUCUUGGAUGAAUUUAAAAUGGAGAAACGCAUAGGGAAAAUGUAUUACAUGAUAACCCUGGCGUUUCUUAUCCUCUGGGCCCCGUACAUUGUUACUUGCUACAUUCGAGUGUUUGUCAAAGGAGGCACAAUUCCACAGGUCUACCUGACGGCAGCCGUGUGGAUGACGUUCGUUCAGGCGGGGGCGAAUCCCAUUAUUUGUUUCAUAUUCAACAAGGAGCUGAGAUCGCGCCUCAGAGCCAGUUUCCCAUGUUGUCUCAGCACACAGACGCCUAUGUCUAUGGAGCCAUACUGUAUCAUCUGAUAGGUUCUACUGUUGUUUUAGACAAGGGAAAAAUAACAGAACUGUCAUGUUGGUUUUGAAGCCUUGGGUGAUAUUACUCUGUUGCUAUGCUUGUCCAAUUUUCCCACACAGGCUGGCCAUAUUUUGUGAUUUGCACUUACAGAAAGUGCAAAAUGUUGCCAAUCUGUAUUUCGAAUAGGCCUACUAAUAAUGUUGCAUAUUUGAAGAAUCUCAUUGGGAUAUUAUUUGAGUAAUGUAGGUCUAUGGCAAUUCAGUUACAAGAGCAUAAGACAAUUCUGUACAUUCUCUAAAGCUGUUUAUUUCUUUAUUCUGAACUUUUUAAAAUCAAAUAUGUUGUAGCUUUCAUAAAAUCUUCAUAUAAUUAUUUGUGUGGAGAAGGUGACAAAAACGAACUUUUACAGUCUUUUGCAAAUACAUUUUCUUCCUGGAUUUGAAUAACAUGUGUUGAUAAAAAUGUAUACCUUGCACAUUCCCUGUAAAAAAAGACAAAUGACAUGUUUUUUUCUAUGGACAAGGACAAUGGAACUCUAAAAGAAGCAAAGCAUCAGUGCUGCAGAGAGAUGUUUGCAAUGUUUGUACUUCUGAGUAAAUAAACAACAGAUUAAUGAUUA